GCGCAAUCCGGACUGGAAGAGCUCCCUGAAAACUGGACUGACACCCGAGAGACCUUACUGGAGGGAAUGCUCUUCAACCUGAAGUACCUGGGCAUGACGUUGGUGGAACAGCCCAAAGGAGAAGAAUUAUCUGCUGCUGCUGUCAAAAGAAUUGUAGCAACAGCAAAAGCAAGUGGAAAAAAACUCCGAAAAGUAACUCUGAAAGUGUCGCCCAGAGGGAUCGUUCUCAGCGACAGCAUAACAAAUGAGUCAAUUGAAAACGUGUCAAUAUACAGGAUAUCCUACUGUACAGCAGACAAAAUACAUGACAAAGUGUUUGCCUACAUUGCUCAGAGCCAGCACAAUGAGAACCUGGAGUGUCACGCUUUCCUCUGUUCCAAGAAGAAAAUGGCCCAAGCCGUCACACUCACAGUUGCUCAGGCGUUCAAAGUAGCAUUUGAAUUCUGGCAAGCGUCCAAGGAAGAGAAGGAGAAGCGAGACAAGGCCAUCUUGGAAGGAGAGACUGCUAGCAGCCCAAACUCAGAUACUUCUGCCUCCUCAAAAGGACCAGUCGCCGUAGAAAACCUGCUAGACUUGGAAAAUGUAACCAAAACUCCUUUGACCAUGAACAUAAAUUCUGUGCACUUGGAUGGCAGCAUCUUUGGGUCACAUUCUUCAGAAAACAAUAACGUGUGGGCAAUGGAUGAUGAACUGGAUGAAGCAUUUUCAAGGCUGGCACAGUCGCGAACCAACCCACAGGUCCUUGACAUCAGCCUGACCCCUCAAGACAUCCAAAGUGCUCAGAUCCUCUCGCCGGUUGACUGGGACAAAGUAGAUUCCAUGAUGGAGGCCGAAAAAGAUGACCAACUCUUUGAGUUCUGACAUCUUCUUUUUUGUUUUCCCUUGUUGAGCUCCCCCCCCCCCCCCCCCCCCA